AUGAGUCCGAUUCCCAAUUCACGUAAACGCUCAUUGCGUAGGAACGUCUUGCUUAAUAGUCAUCUGUCAAUCUAUCACGCCCUUACAAACCCUGAAUUGGAUACCGCCCCCCACGAUCCCGUGCUAGGGGGCAACGACCAUGACCCUGAAAUAUCGCGUUUGGCUGUUCCAAACCCCUUAGUUACCACCACUGAACAACAGCCAGAUUCUGUUGUUGAUGAUGGUGUUGAAUUAAAUACAACCAUGUUGCUGCUGCCGCUGAUUGGGAAACAUAUCGCGCCAGCGGUCUCACCGUCCUCGUCUCCAGUUUCAUUCCCUAUAUCUUUAGAUGUUACACCGCCACCAGGUAAUUCUCCAGUUAUACCUCCCGAGUAUUCUCUUAUAAAUGAAGGUCUGUGGCAGGCAAUUGAAGAAUCAAUCAAGUUGAAAAAAGUCUCUUCCUCUAUCCUUUCAUCCACUACUGCUUCAGAUAAAGAUGUUUCUCGUCUUCAAAUGCUGCAACAAGUACAACGACUGCCUCUGUAUCGCCAUGGUGAUGAUUAUUCUGUUAAUCCUUUAUUUGCCUCGUCCAUGGUAAUGGUAGAGCUGAAUCUUCAAAACGUAUUAGGGGGUACUGCUGCUUCGGGGGUUUCGAUUCGUCUCCCUACGAGUGGUAUUCCGGAACAAGGGGGGGACUCAGGGCAGUCACCACCACUCAAUUCUCCUCUGACUCCUCAUGUCAUGGUCUUUGAAACAGAUGAAGAAGAUGGUAAUGAUGGUGAAGAUCUUGAUGUUGAACUAGUUAAUCAUGGAGAUUGUGGAGCCUCAACAACUACAACAUUCAUUAUGCCUAAGAUGCUGUUAUCUACCAAUAACAGUAGCAACGAAUCUUCUAAUGUAAAUGCAUCGAAAGGUGUAUCUAAUGGAAGGUUCAAUGUUGUGUUGGUUUCACUGGCAUAUCUUGAAGAAACUGCUCAAUUAUUAAAAAGCUUAGGCGUCUUAAAAAAGGCCAAUUCAAAGCUAAAUAUUUAUCAUAUUAACUUGAUGAGUUGGAAACAUGAUGAUUCACUUGUUAGAAAGGCAAAUAUGGUGAUCUUGGUUAAUGAUGGAUCUCCUGGGUUUGUAUACUUUCUUUCACAGGUGUUUUCACCCAUUCACAAUAACAAUAUACUUCCCAAAUUGACCAUCAUCAAUAUGAUGACUACCAAUUAUUUUGUUAACUUGUUGGAUUUGAUUCAGUUCUGGAAACCGUAUCAAAUGUGGAAAACCACUUCCUUGAACAGUGACCGUAUUUUGGCUUGUCUUGAAGCUUGCAUUACAAGAGAACUUUCGGCCAAUGCAACAGAUGAUGCUGCUGACGAUGAUUCCAUACUGUUUGGAAGUGGCAAUUCAAAUAUUCCAGAAGCUACAAGUGUUAGUAUUUGUUCUUCUAUGGUGUAUUCUCAAGGUCUUCAACUUUCAAAGAGCUCACCACCGUCGUCCAAACCGAACUAUAAGCAUCUAGAACAUCAGAUGAAAUCAGAAAUGAUUACUUGCUCUCAUUAUAGUGAUCCUUUACAACUUUCAUCCAAAGUUCAAUUGGUAUGUUCUUUGUUAGGCAAAUUGUCAGCUGAAUACUCGAAUGAAAAAUCAAUUAUCAAUGAUGAUGAUAAUAAUGAUGAUGAUAAUAGUCUUUGGAUGAUUUAUUCAUUUACUGUGGGAAUGGGAUUAGGGAUAGGGUUGGCCACAAGUGCUGCAACAAUUCUUGGGUAUCUUCUAAGUGAUCCUAAGGGAACAAUUACUGAGUCCCCAGUUACUAUUGGAACCACUGAAAAACCACCCUCAUCAACAAAUACAAAUCCCAUUUUAGAUAUUCCUGUUCUCCGGGAAUUACUUGGGUUCUUUACAAACUCCAAUUGGAAUUAUUGGUUCCAAAUGUUUUCUUCCGAUUUAAGAGUAGUGAGUUCUUUAGUAAUGGAAUGUGUUGGGGGCGGAAUCAUGAAGGUUUGCAACUUGAUACUGAUGUUUUAG